UCUUCUUGUCUUGCGUUUCCUCACUCUGCUGUCUAGGGUUUAAGGACUUUGGAAUUAGGGUUUAUGCUUCUUCAAUGGCAGGUCCAAGUCUCAUUCACAACCAUUGAUUUCCAAACAAGAAUUUCUACUAGUAUGUGGCGAAACAUUUCAAAAGGAGCAGUGACUUCAAGGAAACUAAUGAAAUCAUUUGGAAAUUCCAUCAUACAGGUAAAUAAUAACACACAUUCAGAUUUGAUUCCGAUUCAUCACAAUGGAAAAUCCUGUUCUCAGUGGUUUAGGUUUAAUAAUGCCUCAUUUAGUUUUUCUGAGAUGUUGAGUCGUCCUAAAGGUUAUGCUAGUGUUGCCAAGGCCAUUCCGAAAAGCGAUACUGAGGAUGAUAUAGAAAUCAAGGAAUUGGUGGGAGAGAAGGGUCGAGAGGGAUCGAAAAUGGUGUCUGGAAUCGGAAAUUAUAAGUAUCGUUUACUUAGACGGAGACAGAUUAAGAUUGAGACGGAAGCGUGGACACAAGCGACGAAUGAGUACAAGGAUCUUCUUGCAGAGAUGUGUCAGCAUAAAUUGGCACCAAAUCUGCCAUACAUGAAGUCAUUGUUUCUUGGUUGGUUUGAGCCGUUUCGUGAUUGCAUUGCUAAUGAACAGGAGUUGUGUAAACAAGAGAACAAAAGGGCUAAUUAUGCGCGUUAUUUUGGUCAGUUGCCGGCUGAUAUGAUGGCGGUUAUUACAAUGCAUAAGUUGAUGGGAUUGAUGAUGACAUCGGAUUAUCAUGGUAGUGCUAGGGUGGUUCCAGCUGCUUGUGUUAUUGGUGAAGCCAUUGAAAAUGAGGUUAGGAUAUAUAAUUUUUUGGAAAAAACAAGAAAGAAGAAGUUGGACGAAGAAGAUAAAGCGAAAGAAGGCGGCGAAGCUGAUCCUGAAGCCAUAAAGCAAGCACAUUUGAGGAAAAAAGUAACGAAUUUGAUGAAAAAGCAAAAGCUACGGCAAGUGAAGCACAUAGUAGAGGGACAAGAGGGUUUCAAGCCAUGGGGACAGGAUGCUCAAGCUAAGGUUGGGAGCCGUUUGAUUGAAUUGUUGGUUCGGUCAGCUUAUAUACAACCACCUAUCGAUCGAUUAGAUUAUGGUCCACCUGAUAUUCGACCAGCAUUUAAGCAUUUUGUCAAAGUCGGAAAGAAAGAUGCACAAGGAUCUAGUAGAAGGUAUGGAAUUAUUGAGUGUGACCCUCUGGUUCGCCAGGGAAUGGAAAGAACAGCAAGGCACAUGGUGAUUCCUUAUAUGCCCAUGUUGGUGCCACCAGAAAAUUGGAUCAGGUAUGACAAAGGGGCAUAUUUGUUUCUACCAUCUUAUGUGAUGCGCACACAUGGAUCAAGGCAGCAGCGUGAAGCAGUCAAGAAAACACCACAGAAGCAGCUUGAUUCAGUAUUUGAGGCCCUGAAUAUCCUUGGGAAUACAAAGUGGCGGGUGAACAAGGUGUUACUUGACGUAGUUGACCGUAUAUGGGCUAAAGGAGGCAAAGAUGCUGGUUUAGUUGAACGUGCCGAUGUGCCUCUACCAGAGAAACCGACAAUAGAAGAUGAAGAGGCACUCAAGAUCUGGAGACAGAAAUUGAAAGGCAUCAAGAAAGAGAACAGUGAAAGGUAUUCUCAACGGUGUGAUGUGGAACUCAAACUUGCUGUAGCCCACAAAAUGAAGGCCGAGGAUGGUUUCUACUAUCCACACAACCUUGAUUUCCGAGGACGGGCAUAUCCCAUGCACGCGUACUUAAACCAUCUUGGAUCAGAUUUAUGCCGGGGUAUCCUUGAAUUUGCGGAGGGACGCCCUCUUGGAAAUUCAGGUUUGCGGUGGUUGAAAAUACAUCUGGCCAAUUUGUAUGCUACUGGUGGUGUUGAUAAACUAUCUUAUGAGAGUCGAAUAGCUUUUACAGAGAGCAACUUGGAUAACAUAUUUGAUUCUGCAGACAGACCACUCGAGGGUAACCAGUGGUGGUUGAAGGCAGAGGAUCCAUUCCAAUGCUUGGCAGUUUGCAUCAAUCUGUCAGAAGCAUUGAGAAGCUCUUCACCAGAAGCUACUAUAUCACAUAUUCCUGUACACCAAGAUGGUUCAUGUAACGGCUUACAACACUAUGCUGCUCUCGGAAGAGAUAAAUUGGGAGCAGCUGCAGUAAAUUUAUUUGCUGGAGAAAAACCAUCAGAUGUUUACUCAGGCAUUGCCGAGAGAGUUCGUGAAAUUAUGCAGGAGGAUGCCCAGAAAGAUCCUGGUGCUUACCUGAACGCAUUGCAUGCCAAACUGUUAAUUGAAAAGGGGUUGGUGAACAGGAAAUUGGUGAAGCAGACUGUGAUGACAUCAGUGUAUGGUGUUACUUAUGUAGGUGCCCGUGAUCAGAUCAAUAGGAGGUUAAAGGAACAUGAUCCAGCCACUGAUAAUAAAGAGCAGUUUACUCUAGCUUGUUAUGCAGCAAAAGUCACCUUAACUGCCUUAGAGGAAAUGUUUGAAGCCGCACGUCGUAUCAUGAAGUGGCUUAGUGAUUGUGCAAAAGUGAUUGCCUCGGAAAACCAUCCAGUGGAAUGGAUCACUCCUCUUGGACUUCCUGUUGUCCAGCCGUACCGCAGACUGCGAAGGCAUAAUAUUAAAACUUCCCUUCAAGUUUUAACUUUACAACGGGAAACUGACAAUGUCAUGAUUCAGAAGCAGAGAACAGCUUUUCCACCGAAUUUCGUCCAUUCCCUUGAUGGGUCCCAUAUGAUGAUGACAGUACUUGCUUGCAAGAGAGCUGGGAUAAACUUUGCAGGAGUUCACGACUCAUAUUGGACGCAUGCAUGUGAUGUCGAUGAAAUGAACAGGAUACUCCGUGAAGAAUUUGUCGAACUCUAUGAGCAACCUAUACUAGAAAACUUACUGGCGAGUUUCCAGAAAUGUUUUCCUACAGUGGAAUUUCCUCCUUUACCAGAGCGCGGAGACUUGGAUUUAAAAGAAGUUCUAAAGUCACCAUUUUUCUUCAACUAAGAUGCAGUAGCCAAUGCAGUAUAGUUUGGAGUUGAUAUGUAAAAUUGGUGCUUGACAUAUUCUACUAUCUAUAUGGGGAUACAUUUAUGGGUCUUUACAAGUGGCCUGAAGAGAAUAUUCUCUUGUCCGCCUUAUGAGAUUAAAGUUUGAAGUGUCAAGGAAUGCAAGUUUAUGGACUCCAGAGAUUGAGUUGAGAAAUUUAGGGUUAUGCAUACAUCUGGCAUAGAGGCUAAUCUGCCACAAGACUUUAAAGAUAAGCUUGGUGGUGGAGUGGAAUUCCCAACAUUCUCAAACUUGUGACAACCAUAACCAUCUAAAUUGACAGAAGUACGCUCGGGUCCUAGUGAUCGAAUUGGUAACAUUUCAGCGCAGCUUGUUAGUUGGUAGUCUUGGAGUGGCGAUGGGGGAAUCUUUGAGCAAAUAUCAGAUGAAUGUUUGGAUCGCCUUGGAUUCGAAAUUGAGUCAAGGCCAUUUGGCUGAUUUGCGAUACUCUUGGGAGUUUAACAACCAUGUUAAGGAGGUGGCAGGCCAGGUCUGGGAGAUCUUGAGUGACAAUCCACUCGUUGAUUUCAUAACGUAGCAUCUAGCAACUCACUAAGAAGAAGUUCGAUAUAGCUUGCAAGUUGGAGUGUGAAGGUGGAGUAUGCCAGAUGUGAUAGCUUAAAAAAAAGUGUACAUGCCAGAUGUGAUGGCAGCAUUGUGACUGCAUGGUUGGUAUUGGAGCGGGGUUGCAAUUGAAAUUGGAUACUUAAUUUAGCUUGUUCAAGGAGAAAUUGGGUAUGGUAUGGUAAGUGAUGCUCUUUCGUACAAGUUUCCUUCUGCAUUUGCGCGGAUGAAUCAUUUGAGCGGAGGACCAUUAUUCAGAAUUAUGCUCGAGAUUGGCGUUAAAAUGAUCACAAGGGAUUGCUCACUAAACGUUGGACACCUUCCCAUCAACAUGCAGCUACUCUGACGCCGUCUAAGAUAAAAGUUAUAGAAAGGUAUUCUUUUGCUUUGCAUGGUGAUUGUAUCCAGUAAGAUAAAAGUUAUAGAAAGAAAAGUUGUUUCCAGUUCCCUGAUAGAGAUAUUAAGAGUACAUCAGUCUUUAUAGAAUUUGGAGUUUCCCAACACAGGCUAAACUAUUUAACAACAAGUUUGGGCUUAUGUGCCUCUUCUUCGUCUCCACUUUGACGAUAUCAGGACUUCAUCUUUCUCUGUUCAUAGCAUCUUCAUAGUAGCCAUGUUCUGAAAUAAGUGUCUUUGUUUGUGGUUUUAUAAUUUUUACCACCACUAUUUUGCAUUCCUAUUAACAUGACCACACCAAUUUUUUAUGCGAUUAACCGUCGAUACUUAGAAGACACGUAG